CUCAGCCAAGGGACGAGCGACCCGAGUGGAGACCUCAGCAAAACGCGUCCUGUCCGAGUCAAACUGGACCAUAAUAACACUGUAGUCCGGAAAAGUUCAGCAUAGAAAAGGCACUGGUUAUGGCUACUUCUAUACUUGGGGAAGAGCCGCGGUUCGGAACUACCCCUCUGGCUAUGUUGGCUGCGACCUGUAAUAAAAUUGGCAACACAAGUCCUCUGACCACUUUACCCGACUCCAGCGCGUUUUCCAAAGGCGGAUUUCAUCCGUGGAAAAGAUCCUCGUCCAGUUGCAACUUGGGCUCCAGUUUGCCGGGAUUCAGCGUGGCGACGAGCCGCAGCACUUCUGGACUAACAACCACGACGGGCACGAGCAAUAGCGCGUUUUGCCUGGCGUCCACCUCGCCAACUUCCUCCGCUUUCUCCACCGAGUACAGCAGCUUGUUUUCCAACUCGGCGAGUGUUACCUCGCAAGAAUCCGGACAGUCGGCGUUCAUUUCCAAAGUGCACACGUCGGCUGAGACUUUGUACCCACGAGUGGGCAUGGCGCACCCGUACGAGUCGUGGUACAAGUCCGGCUUUCACUCCACGAUCUCAGGCGAGGUGGCAAACGGCGCGUCCUCGUGGUGGGACGUGCACACAAACCCGGGCUCGUGGCUCGAGGUGCAGAAUCCAGCUGGCACGCUGCAGAGCUCGCUGCAUUCAGGCACACCACAGGCCAUCCACUCCCAGCUCGGCGGCUACAACCCCGACUUCUCGAGCCUCACACACUCGGCUUUCAGUUCGACUGGCAUCAGCCCAACGGCGUCCCACCUCCUGUCCACUAGCCAGCACCUGUUGACGCAGGACGGUUUCAAAACCGUCAUCCCCACGUACACGGACACUUCGGCGGCCAAUGCCAUGAUAUCAGGUGCCAGUUCAGGAAUCGGGAGCUCGUCUAGAUCCUCCAGGAGGUACUCGGGCAGGGCGACGUGCGACUGCCCGAACUGCCAGGAGGCGGAAAGGCUCGGGCCUGCCGGUGCCAGUCUGCGCAGAAAAGGACUCCACAGUUGCCACAUCCCAGGCUGUGGCAAAGUCUACGGCAAAACAUCUCACCUCAAAGCGCACCUCAGAUGGCACACUGGAGAAAGGCCAUUCGUGUGCAACUGGCUUUUUUGCGGAAAACGCUUCACCAGAUCUGACGAGCUCCAGAGGCACCUUCGCACCCACACCGGGGAGAAAAGAUUUGCGUGCCCGGUGUGCAACAAGCGCUUUAUGAGGAGCGACCACCUGAGCAAGCACAUCAAAACGCACACGGCCGGAGGUGGGGGCAAAAAAGGCAGCGACAGUGACACCGACACAAGUAACCUGGAGACCCCCAGGUCCGAGUCCCCGGAACUGAUUUUGGAGGGUGUAAACCCGAGGGUCACGGUCAAAGAGCAGUCUCCUCAUCACGAGUCCUGAGCGGCCUGAUCCCGCCAACAUGCCAAUGACAUUAAACUGCUAUCGACACAAAAACUUCUCUCCAAAAAAAAUAAAGAAAAAAAGAAAAAAAAACUGGUAGGUUAUAAUUAAAAGACAAAGACACGGGUCAGGACUUGGAUGAACUGUUUUGGUGACACUUUAGGCUUUUUUUUCCCUGAGAUAUAAACAAGGCUUUUUAUUAAGGUCCAUUAAUUGGGGAUAUGAUUAUUAUGAAACUAAAACUGAUUAGGCCUAUUGCACGUUUCAGGCUGAUGGCUAAAAUGUGUGCUGAAAGGUGAUAGUAGUUUUGAUCGGUGCGCAGGAGAAAGUGAAUCCAACUGAACAGGGCUGGAAGCGAGCUGAGCUAACUGUGUAGAUAUAUUGACAAAAUAACGAUAUUUUUCCCUGUAAAUGUUCCUUAUUACUGUUUCGUGGUGGAUCCUGAAAUUCAGGGAGUUUUCUUUACUUUCGACGCACUUUGUGGAUGUCAGUAUGUAUGUAACACAGCUAUUUAAAAUUCAGUUACUCCUUUCUUUACCUUGCUAAAAAAUAUAUAAAUGUUUAAUUGUAAAGUCUCGCGUAUAAGGCUUUCAUUUUGUAAUUAAAGGUAUUUAAAAUCAAAAGCUAUUUUGUUGUUGUUUUGAUGCACGUGGUUAAAAAAUGUGCUA